AUGACAUAUACAUUCGAUAUUCUGUCGGCUAUCGCGAUUCGCUUUCAUUCUUCGCUAUACACGUGUGUCAUUCUCAUACCCACGCUGAUCAAAAAUUUAGGCCUAUCAUCUACCUCGUACCGACAUUCAACAUUCCAACCAAGAGAUCAUCUUGAAAGUCUAAUCACCAAACACGGCUACCCCACACCUGUGUCACUCUCUUCCCUGCGAGAUUUAACAGCCACCUCAUCUACUUAUACUCCCCCUUCGCCUCGGUCCCGGUACCCGGAUCCAAUUCCGAUCGAAUUUGACCCGCUUACCUCAUCAUCCUCGAGACCUAUUCCAAUCCCAAGACGCCCCGGUCCAGUAUACGAUCUUCCAGUCACACCACUCACCGGUCGAUUUGAUCACUCUUAUUUUGAAGAUUGGGAACGUGCCUCUCAAUCCGCCAAGUCCCGACAAAUCCAUCCAAUCCGGCCUCGCCGCGGCCAGUAUCCAUCGCGGCCCCUGCCAUCCUCGACAAGGAUGCGUUCUGAUAACUCACCUUACUACUCCCCGGCUGCCUCGCCUAUUAUGUCUCCACGACGCUCAAAUUCUCCCCAACCAACUCGCUCUCGGACCCAGAAUCAAUCCAAAGCCAAACAAACCCAGAACUUCCAUCUCGGAAGCUUGCCCAGGUUCCAUCCUGCUGUAUAUCAGUCGAGCAGCACUUCUCACAAUGUCGUUUCUCAGCCUUCAUCCCCUCGUCAAUCUCGACAGCCUGUCUACCGCACUACAGCUGGGUCACGCGACAUGAUGUGGCAGUACCGUGAGUUUAUCGAGGGCGUUCACCAAGGCCCUUCGGCGCCUCGUUUGGACCCUCUGGUCAGCCCCGGCCCCGUAACGCCCUUGGCACUCGAAGCCGGUGAUUACCUUGCCCAUGGCUCGAUGAACAGCACAUCCGAGCGGACUCCACGAGAUGUCUCAAAGAACUCCGGCCCCCCGCCUGAGCUGGUGGAGAAGCUCAUUGCCUAUGAGGAGAAGGCUCGGCAGAUGGCUCGAAAGCCCGCUAAAGGCCGGUAA